GGAUAGAAUUGGCCCACCCCCGUCCUGGGGAUCGUAAAAGGCGAUCAAUGGGCACUAAAGGCGACGAGUCCAACCGCCUCUAGUACAUACCUACCCAUUUUUGUUUUUCAACUCCCACACCCAUCUUCCCUACUUUCCUAUCCCUGUUUCCAGGUUCCUUUUAUCCACACAUCUCACAGCACAGAAAUACUUUAGUCUUUUUUAAAAAAAUGGGACUUCCAAAUACAAUCUGAACUGCAACUGUACCUAUACUUUGAUUACUUGUGAUAUUUUACAAAAAAAAGGCCAAUAUCCCAGCAGCUGACGCCUAUAAGGAGGAGUUUUAGUGGGUAAACUGGGUAUCUGGGAGAGCCCCACACUUAGUGCGUAAAUAAUAAUAAUAAUAAUAUUUUUUUAUUCCAUGGACCGUGGUAGGUAUAGGACAUGUCAAAUACACAUAUAAUUACUAACAGACAAAUAAUAUCACAGUUAAGCAUGUUCAAGGAACUCUUUGAUAUUGUAAAAACAGUGAUUAUUUAAGUAUAGAAGUAAUCUCUUAUUAAAGUUAUUUAGUUUAUUGCAGCAUUUAAUUUGUUCGGGUAAUUUGUUAAACAUUUUUACUCCCAGUACAAAGGGUGAGCUCAAGCCAAUGUUAUAUUUGGUGUGCGGAAUUCUGUAAAAGUCGUUGUCGCGGAGAUUAUGAUUAUGAAUGUCUUUGUUUUUAUUUAAUGUAUGUGAGUAUCUGAAAAUUAGUUUGCAUGUUUCUAAAAUGUAUAAGUUGGUUAGAGAUAAAAUGUUGAAUUGUUUGAAAAGAUUCCUGCAUGUAUGAAUUUUUGAAACAUUCGCAAUCGUCCUAAUAAUGCGUUUUUGUGCAACAAGAACUUCGUGAGAGUAAGUAGAUGUGCCCCACAAACAUAUCCCGUAUCGAAGGAUAGUGCCCACCAGAGCAUGGUAAAUGUUUAUUAAUUGCGCGAGCGUUAUAACAUUUUUUAAAUUUCUAAACAGAUAAUUUAAGGAGCUCAGCCUAGCAGCCAGCUUUUCACAGUGCUUUUUCCAAUUUAUAUUGUGGUCAAUAUGUAGUCCCAAAAAUUUGGUUUCGUGUACAUGCUGCACCUCUCCACCCUGUAUUUUUAAAGUCAAAAUAUUUGUUGGUUUUUGGAAGUUAUGAAAUCUAACAAAAUUAGUCUUCCCUCCAUUCAAUACCAGAGAAUUGUUGCUGAACCAGUUGUGUAGUUUGUCAAGGUUCUCGUUGCAUAAUUUUUCGAGUUGUGUCUCAUUCUUAUCUGAAAGCAAUAGGGAGGUAUAGGGAGAUCCAACUAAGCGCCACCCCUCUGAUGCCGUAGUGUUGCAGUUUAUUUAAAAGUGUGUCGAUAUUUACACAGUCAAAUGCCCUCGUGAGAUCACAGAAGAUACCCACUGGGCAUUCGCUUCUGUUAAUGUAAUCUAGCACUUUGUUGAAAAACAGGUACAAGAGGCAUCAAGUGUAGAGCUUUUUGGUUGAAACCCAAACUGGUGCGGUGAGAGCAGUUUGUACUUGUUAAUAAAACUUAUUGGAGUCGAUCAGGAAAACAGUAUUCAAAUAUCUUCGAAAAAACGGAGCUUAGUGCAAUGGGACGAUAGUUCUCUAUGUUGCUAGCAUCUCCCUUUUUAAAGACAGGAACAACAUUAUUAAUUUUUAAACUGUCGGGAAAUUCGCCCGUACUGAAGGAAAGGUUUAUAAGACUUGUUAGAGGCAUAACUAUAUCAGCUCACAUAUAUUUUAAAUGCAUCUCCCCUCCUAAGAAAAAAAAAUAAUGAUAAUAAUUAUGAUUUAUUAUUCAACAGAGGAAUUCAUUCAAUUACAGAACAAAUAGUAAAUUAAGUGAAUCUAACUAAUAUCAAAAAAAUAAAGAAAUAAUUAAGUGUCGUUGUUUGUAGGUCGCGUAUCACUAUCGCUUCAAAAAAAAUUAGUCCUCUACCAUUUAUGUUCUAUACAUUUUUCGUAUCUAUUUCGGUUUGUGCUGGUUUUGAAAUAAAUGUGGGCGAUUGUGAUUUUAGUAAGAAAACUCUAUAAGACUCCACUAGCGGAAGUGUGGUAGUCUGAACCAUCGGGUGCCCAGUUGUCGGACGAAAACACGUCGUGCCCGCGCAUGACGUCACUCUAGUUGCAUCUGUCACGUGAUCCCAUAAAGAUUCAAUGGUGAGCCUCGUUUGCGACGUAUAAUCUGCAUUGUGGUGCAUAUUAUAUUUAUCGUACGUACAGGAAUAUGUGUAGUUGAUAGCCCUGCAUUGCAAACACUCGAGUUUUUGCUUCUAUUAAUAGCGAAUACCUUUUAUUUCCGCUUUUCUUACACCGCGAGGAUACCGAAUAAACAUUUAAACGAUAAUGCCUGGUUGGGCGAGUGCAAAAUGUAAUAAUUAUUCACGAAAAACGAAGGGUUAAGAUGUUAAAUACUUCGGAAGUGAAUAUACGUAUGCGAAAAAAUUUGUAGACUAAACAAAAUUGGGGCAUCCGUAAUCAUACGAGGAGACGCUGUAGCCGAGUCAAAUAUGAACGUUCUUAGAAUAGAAGAAUAAGCUUUGUACAAAAUUACAUGCAAAAAUUAAAGAAAUAAGCUCAAAGCAAUGUGUUUAAUAUAAUUAAUCUGAUUAAUACGAUGUAGGUGAACUAGGAUAUUUACAGUACGCGGAAAUACUUUUAUUGCUUCGAUCAUUUAGAUAUACGUGAGUAUAUCAAAUUAUUAAAUAUAUUUUGAUUGAUUACAAGCCCUAGUGUGCUAUAUUUUCAAACUGUUUAAAAAAUAGAGGUACAUGAUCUUCGUUUUCCAUUCACGUACACGCGCUUGGCGCACCAUUUGAAUUGUAAUGUUUUUGUGCGAGCUUGCAUUUGUGUAUGUAAUAUUAUAUACUCAAAUAAACCUAAAUUUCGCCGACAGAUACACAAAUAAUAGUGCGUUUCCGUAACCUCUUCCCUAUGCAUUUAUAUACGCGCGCCGGAGUUUGUAACGUGACUGACGUCAUACGGCGUAGGGAAAGGGGACACGAUGCGCGUUGCGAUACGGUUUUUAUUAUACCAUGGUCUGAACCUACUUUUGCCGUCCUACGAUGGGCGACCACCCCAUUGGAGCAUUUAGUUUCACAGACCAUAGAAACAAGUGCUAUCUAUUCUUUGAGUCGUGUAUUGGUAACAGUGUUAAGUGUCAACCUCAUGCUUUGAAACUAACCUAAAAAAUUUUGUAACUUAGUAAACAUGAAAAACUUGGAAGUUUUUCAAGUAAAACGCUGUAAAUCGAAUUCAUCUGCCGAUAUUACUCAUGUGGCUUCGGAGGGCAACAUUACGUUUACUCUAAGUAAUUCGCACUUACACUUUUACAAUGGCGAAGAUCAUCACUGCUUUGCAAACACCUACGAAUGUAUCACCAAAUUUGAAAUUCUCAAAAUCGAACGGGUUUUGUGGUUUGGAACGGGAAAAGAGUUCAUAUGGGUCGACCUGUCUAAAAACUUGCACGUUAUCCAAGUCGAAUCCGAAUUUACCGCUGCCGAAUGGAAUCCAACGCAAGACGCAAUCACCAUCACACAUCCAAAUGGAGAAAUCGGUCUGUAUAUUGUUAAUCUGCAAGAAUUGUUGAUUUCUCCCAUUGGACUUUCACAUCUGAUCGAUGCUAAACCCAGCGUCGUUUUGAACGUUGGCUGGGGAUCUGAAGAAACGCAAUUUCGUGGCACGGCCGGAAAACGGGGGAAACUUUCGGAAGAAGUGCUUCCUGCAAAUUUUAACGACGAUUUCCGACCGAGAAUAUCAUGGAGAGGCAACGGCGAUAUGUACGCAGUGAACUACUGGCAUAAUUCUCAAAGACAAUUUAAAGUAUUCAAGUAUCCCUGUGAGCUUCUCUAUGAAUCAGCGAGCAUCGUCGGUCUACAGCCUAUUAUUGCGUGGAAACCGGAGGGAAAUCUAAUUGCGUGCGUAACAUGCACUACGACAACGCGCGAGGUUUCCUUGUUUGAGAAAAACUGCUUAAUUAAGAAUAAGAUAGAAUUGAGUGACCAGGUGGAGAUAAUCGACUUGAAAUGGAGCGCUUGUGGGCAAAUAUUAUCCAUAUAUCAAUCACUAGGAAAUGAAACAUUUUUAGAUUUGUAUACGAUCAAAAAUUAUGUGUGGUAUUUGAAGCAGCGACUCAACUUUGCGACUACAAAUUCUCUGAUUUCUUACCAUUUUAAGGAUUCAUUAUCUACCGUUAUCAUUCUACAGGUUGUGACUGUUAGGGAAACGGUUGAGUAUUCAUUUAAAUAUGUCGUUAGUAAAAGUGCAGGUGGUAGAAAGACUUGCGGUGUGAUCAACGGAAACUCUCUUUUGUUAACACAAUGCGAAAAGGGCAUGGCACCACCUCCAAUGUUUGAUGAGAAAAUUGUCGUAGACAAUCCCAUCAAUUUUGUUCAGUUUCAUCCAGAAUUGCAGAGGGUGGCGAUUGUCGAUUCGAAAAAUUACAUUCAAAUUUUUAGCUUGACAUCGCCACCUUCGCCUAUCGAAACGUGUCGAGCUUUAAACAAAGCCCAAUAUGAUGUACCGCUAUCAUAUCACCAUAUAAUUUGGUACUCCGAGUCGCAUUUGUUGUGUCUUAAGGAAACAAUGGACAGUACUAGUAAAGUGUUGGUUAAGGUUAGUGACGGGGCUUUGGUGCCUUGGAACGAUAGUCUUGAAGCAGCUAACGUUACAUACUUGAAUAGCAUAUACACUGACAGUCGAGUUGUGCAACAAUCUGACGGAUUCUUAAGCAUAAGCGACCAGGACAAUCAAUUGGAGGUGCUCGCACAGAUUCCCACAGUGCUUCAACUUUCAUCAUUUAAAAGCCAAAACGCCUUGUUUUUGUUUUCAUUAACGCAGACUCAGGAAUUUUACAUCAACGAAGUGCGGGUGUUAAUAGGCGUACUGUCUUUUAUCAUUCACGACUAUUACUUAUUGCUCACAACCACGGAAAACACGCUAAUAUGCGUGCGACUAAACGAUUUACGCAAAUCCGAAAUAAGCAAGUCGUUGGCGCGCGCCACCUAUCGUUCGAUGGAGCAAGGUGGCCACCUUUUACUAGGCGUUCCUAAUUCGUCUUCCGUCAUACUACAAAUGCCUCGCGGUAAUAUCGAAACCUGCACGGUUCGCGCCAUAUCCAUAGAUAGAUUGGAGAGCCUGCUCGAAAAGCAGGCGUGGAACGAAGCGUUAGAUUUGGUUCGAUUGGAGAGGCUAAACCCUACAAUCUUGGUCGACCUGAAUUUCAACCGAUUUAUUAGUAACAUCGACAAAUUUGUCGAAUCGAUCCGUACUCCUGCAGUUAUCAACGAUUUUUUAAUCGGAUUACAGGAGGAAAACGUUUUUGAUACGGUGUUUCAAGAUUACGCAUUCGCAGUAAGCCGGAAGGAGCAUGUCAAAGAAAAAAUUGUUAAGGUUUGUACUGCUCUAAUCGAUUACAUGGAAAAUGGCGAUUACACUCACUAUUUGCAUUGUAUAAUAAUCGCCUGCUUUAUGAAAAACUUGGAGUCGUCCAACUUUGAGGCCUUGACUCAUGUACGAAACUUGUUAUACUCGAUGAAGGAGAAUCCGGCACUAAUUAAGGUUGCUGAAAGUGCGUUCCAGGCCAUUAAUGUUUUGAAGCCGCAAAGCGAUAUGUAUCAUAAUGCUCUUGCAAUGUACGACUUGGAUUUGGCGUUAUUCGUUGCGCGUAAUCUACAAAUGGAUCCCAAAGAGUAUGAGCCAUUUAUCAGCCGUUUAAAAACGAUGGGUGAAGUCCAGCGCCGAUUUGAAAUAAACGAUUUUCUUAAGAAUUACGCAACUGCCGUCAAGUAUCUGAUUCGUUGCUCGGAAAGUGACGAAUACACUUUGAACUAUGUAAACAAACAUGAAGUUUUCAAUGUGGCGUAUAAUUACACAAAGCAUGGCAGUGGAUUACAUAAGGAAGUCGCAAUACUUUUCGCCGAACACUUACGGAGGCAGAAGCUACACGAAGAAUCUGCAUUUGUUCUUGCUAGUGUGCAAUGCUACGAAGAGGCGUUCAGCGAUUACAAGCAAGCGUUAAUUAUUCCCAAUGCGAUUUUAAUGCUACAGCAUAUGAAGCUGUCUCCAGAAGAACGCCAUCUACAAUUACUGAAUUUGGCGCAAACAUGCGUCGCGUCCGGUAAAAUACUAGAAGCAGCUCACAUUUUUGAAACACAGCUUUCCCAACACCACAAGGCCAUAGAUUUGUACAUCGCCCACAGUUACUUCGCCGAAGCGCAACGGUGCGCUAUAAAGUUUAACUGUUUCAAUGAAUAUAAGCAUAGUUUAUUUGAGGGCUCACUGGUAUACUGCGAAGAGCUGAAUUUAAAGUUGACAACUCUUAAGGAAACUUUUGCUAAGUAUGUGAAUCGCUUGUCAGCAAUUAAACUGGGUAAAGUGCAGAAAAUGACAGUUGCUGGCGAUCAUCUACCGUCUGGUAUCAAUGACGACAUUUUAUCGAUAGCAGACAGUUUAUCCACUAUUAGUGUCAAUACGUCUAGUUCAAGAGCGUCGACUGCCAGCCGUCGACGUCGUAAAGAAGAAAGAAAAAAGCAAGACCUUCGCGAAGGAGGCGUCUACGAGGACAUUGCCUUAAUGCGAGCGCUCUACGAAUUAAUAGUCGAAGUCUUUUCUAUGGGACCGAUGGUUCGACAGAUUUGCCUUAUUGCGGUUGAUAUCAACACAUCUGGCGCAGUCAAAUUUAUAAGUGCGCUACAUAAUGCACUGUUCGAAUUUCAGUUACAUAUUAAAAAGUGUCUCACCGAAAUAUGGCCACCACAUUUAAAUUCGGACUUAGAAGGGCAAGAUUCUCGUAUUUAUGAAAAUGUGAAACAAUUAGAUGUGAAAUACAGAGAACCACCUCCGAAUUUGGACACGAGUUGGAAAAUUAGUAUAAUGGUUUCUUCGUGAUUUCGCGAGGUUACGGAUUUAUUAUCAACUUUAGUUGUAUAUGUGAUAGGGUGCUUUGUUUGCAAAUGUGUAGGAACCAUCUACCUUCUUUUACAUGCAGUUAUAAUUAAAUGAGCGAUGGGUAAAGAACAGUAAUGCGAAAACAUUUAGUAAUAAAAUGGACCGACAAUUAAAAGGGCCUUCUAAAAAAUUUCUGGAAUUAGCGUCAUCAACAUAUUAAUUAACUAAGUUAAAUCAGUUGAAGUGAUUGCACUUUGUUUUUUUCGUUUACAAUCAGUUCCCCCUGCUACUGACCAAGUGAACAGAAAUCACUAUUAUCUGAUUGCGGGAAAAGUUAGUACAGUUAAAUCACUUCAAUUAACAUAACCUCAGAAAACUGGAAUCAUAACCUCCCAGGCUGUUUGUUUAUUUUUUUAUCGGACAUUUAAGAACUGUUUAUGAGUAGGGACCAGACUUAUAUGCAUGAAAACACAUCAAAAAUGCACAUAUAUACUCACAAAAAAUAUGGCAAAAAAGCAUGGAGAUAUGCAUGAAAAAAUAAACAAUGCACAAA